GCGACCCUCAGUUCAUUUUCAUUCAUUUCGUGGUUUGCUGGUUCAUCUCUCUUUUUGUCGUAACAAGUCGUAACAAGCAGACAUGGCUGAGGUCGAUGAUACAUUGAAGAAGAAGCGCGCGUUUAGGAAAUUCACCUAUCGUGGCGUCGAUUUGGAUCAACUCCUUGACAUGCCCAACGAUCAAUUGGUCGAAUUGAUGCACAGCAGAGCUCGCAGGCGAUUCUCCCGUGGUUUGAAACGUAAGCCAAUGGCAUUGAUCAAGAAGCUACGUAAGGCCAAAAAGGAAGCCCCACCAAAUGAGAAACCAGCUAUCGUAAAGUCACAUUUACGAAACAUGAUCGUUGUACCCGAAAUGGUUGGAUCGAUCAUUGGCGUUUACAACGGAAAGACUUUCAAUCAGGUCGAAAUCAAACCAGAAAUGAUUGGACAUUACUUGGGAGAAUUCUCGCUGUCGUACAAACCCGUUAAGCACGGUCGACCUGGUAUUGGUGCCACACACAGUUCCAGAUUUAUCCCACUUAAGUAGAAUGUACUUCUCAUUUCCGAUAUUCAGAAAUAAAAACCAUCAGUCAAUCUGAA